AUGGCGGACCGCCCCGCGUCCACGCGCGGGCGCGGGCCGAUGGUCAAAGUCUUCGCGCGCCCCGACCGCAACCCGGUCGCGACGUCGCUGAACAAGAGCGCGCCGCCAAAGUUCGAGGACGCGCCGGGUUCGACGUCCUCGACCGUCGCCCCAGCGGCCGUCUCAUCCUUCGGGUCCGGGGAUCCCAUCGCCGCGACGCUCCUCUCGCUCGAGGCGACGCUCCGCGCGAUGGACGAUAUCGACGUCGCGUCCGCGGCGGCGUCGAAAUCCAAAUCCAAAUCCAACACCGGGGGACGUCCGAAGCGCGACGCGAAGCCCGCGGCGGGGAGAUCGAAGACCGGGUCGAUCGAGACGGGGAGGAGCGAGACGCGCGCGGCAUCGUUCGGGGGACCGAACUACGUCCCGAGUCUCAGCCGAAGCGGCGUCCCGGCGGCGUCGGCGCCGGGCGCGAACGACCUUCCCUCGCUCGUGGAGCGCGCGCGAGACGAUCGCGGGGUGUACGUCGCGCGCGAUCUGUGGAACGCGAUCCGCGUCAACUUGGACGACCACCUCGCGAUCAAGAACUCCGAGGGGAUGACCGUCUCGGAGCUCAGACGCGACGUCGCCAAGGCGCAGUCGCGCGCGCGCGAGUUUGAAGUCAAAUACCGCCAGUGCGAACGCGUCGUCUCCGGGGACCAGAAAGACCUCGCGGAGCGCGCGGCGCAGCUCCAAGACGAGCUCGCGGUCGUGAAGCGCGAGAGGAACAAGAUGAAAGAAGCGCACGAGGCGCAGAUUGACACCCUCAACGCGAUGUUGGCGUCGAGGGACACGCCCGCCGGCGCGAAGAGCGACGAACUUCGCGCGUCGCUGGACGACGCGUCGUUCCGUCUGAAGCUCGAGAACGCUCGGCUGGACCAGUCCACCUCGCGCGUCGACGCGCUCGAGAUGGAGAGCGAGUACCUGCGCGAGCGGCACGCCGCGGACGUGCUCGCGAUGGAGGAGCUGGAGGGGAGGUACCGCGAGGCGAUGGCGCGGCUCGAGGAGGCGCGCGCGACGACGACGACGACUUCGGACGGCAGCGGCGGCGCGGCGAGCGCGGGCGCGGGCGCGGGUUCCACUCCAAACGCAAACGCAUCGACCGCCGCGGAAGAGCGAUUACGUUUGGAUAACCGCCGCCUCGUCGCGCUUCUAGAGCGCACCGCGGAGUUCAAGAGGCUCGUCCGCGACACCGCCAAAUUGGACGGGAUGCACUACGUCACCCUCUCGGAGAUGCUACAGAAGAAGAACGCGACGUCGGAACGCUACCCGCCGCUGCGCGACCGCGGCGGCGCCUCCGACGGAAUAUCCGACGGGGGCGACUACGCCGACGAGGGCGCCAACUGGGUCCCAAAGGAGACGUUACGGCUCACGAAGGCGUUCCUGAAGGACGUCGUCCCGAAGGUGCCGCUCGGCCCGUUCAUGACGUUGCUGUUGGAUUUAAACGCGGCGUGGCGCGCGCACGAGGCGGCGGUUCUCGCGGAGACGAAGAAGCGGCACGCGUCAGACGUGAACCGCAUCAAAGCGCGCGACCCGCACCGCGAGAUCGUGCUCGAGAACACCGUGAUGCACAUGAAGAAGCAGCUGCAGCGCGCGAGGAAGGACAAGAUCGCGCUGGACGAGCUGCGCGCGGCGGCGGCGAAGAGGGCGGAGAAGGGCGCCGCCGGCGACGGAGGGGGCGACGACGAGAACAAGGUGCUGCUCGAGUGGGCGCUCGCGACGAUCGAGACGCUCUCGAAGCAAGUCGCGGACACGAUGCGCGCGAACAAGACGCUGAAAUCGCGCCUCGUGGCCUUGGGCGGGAGGGACGCGCCGCUGAUGGCCGCGGGGAGCGGGGCCGGGGCCGGGGCCGGGGGCGGGGUAAAGGGAGCGGCGGGAUACUCGAGCGACGGGUACGACGACGAAGCCGGCGGGGAGGUGGCGACGGACGCGGAGAUCAUCCUUCCGCGCAUGACGACGUCGACGUCGAGGAGGACCCCGCCUUCCUACGCUCCGGGCGACGGCGUGCCGGCGCCGGACCCGUACGUCCCCCCGGAGGCGGCGACCGCGGCGGCCCCCGGGGUGUCGGUGACGCGGCACGAGAUGAAGCCGACGCGGGGACGCGCGCGGAGCGUCGCGGGCGGGAGAGUCGGAGCGAAUCCGUCGUACUCGUGGGCGGGGUGCGACGUUGGGGGCGGGUCGGGCGUGGGCGUCGCCGUGCGGCGGGGGAAGGGCGGGGGGAAGGGGGGUAAAGGGAGCGCGUUAGACGGGUACUUCGUGUCGGGGUGA